GACAUUGAUCUUGUUGACAACAGGCCUGGUAACACGACGCUCCAAGAUGACGGCCCUUAGUAUGGGCGCUUUUGGCGCCUACAAACAGGCUUAUAGCAAGUAUCUUCAGGAAAGAGAGGCAGCAAUCGCAAGAAAUCAACCUACAGAAACUGUCUGGGUCACGAAACGCUACAUCCCGACCGACCUGAGGUCCACAGCGCCCGUUCCACGUCACAAGCUUCUGGCGCCAAAAGACCUGCCACCCGCGGAGCAACAUUGGAUCCCCGUCACAGAACCACCCCUGAAAAAAUUUGAUCGCGGCCCCGGGAAUUCUAUAUUCAAGUCCCAUCCUAGCACAAGGUGUGAGGAGUAUUCUACUCUCCGGCAAAUGCUGCCCUCCCGGGGACAUUUGAUCGGAUACAGGCCACAGAACUGGGGCACAGGAAACGAACUACCAGUGGUGUAUGAUUACCAAACCCCCAAAAGAUUCCCCAUCAUCAACAGCCCCAUGGGAAGGUAUGUCGACGAGAUGCACACCACCAACAAGCUAUUCAAGCUGCACUAAAGUCAAGUGACCUCCCUUGCCUAUUCAUUUGUUGCAGUAUUUUCCUCACUGUGAAUCCUGUCGACUUAUUCCAGACCAGAGUGUCCCCUAGCCUUUGUUCGAAGUGCUGUGUGUACUUUUUUGUUAGCCAUUCAUCAAACAUAGUAUGUGAUGUUGACAUUUUGAUGGUGGAUCCAAUGAAACAGGGAAGUGGGGGAUUAUUCAAAGUCAUGUUAUCAGUAUUAAGUACAUAAUUGUUUGCAUGUAGAUUUGUGGAUCACAUUCAUUCAGUGCACACAAUCGUUUCAUGGUGCUUUAUGUUGUCAGUUUCUUGUUUACACUUUUACACAUCUUUAUAUAUACAUGUACAUUUCAUAUCUAGUACGUAUAUUUCUACAUUGGUUGCUCAAGUUUUGCCAUGAAGAUUUUUUAUCUUGCUAAGAAAUUUAGAAAUAAACAACAGAAGUUUUAUGUACAACGAGUAGAUAAACAAUAUACGUUGUUUUGCCAUGUAAAGACAACUUCUAUAAGUAUUAUCAUAGUUAUGUGUUAUCUUUCAUUAGUCUUUUUGUACUUUCAGGUGCAAAUUGUCUGUUUUUAAAAUGUUAUUGUCCUUGUUCAAUGUUGUUUCCCUUUGAUUAGAAAUGAAAAAACUCCAAGUCUUAGGAUGAAUUUUUGAUUUAUUUCAGAAUUUAGAAAUAGUUUUGAUGAUGUAAUUCCUGUUUGGUGACAUGAAAUUAAUGAAAUUCAAAUACCACACACA